AUGAUCAGUAAUUUUACACAAGAAUAAUUAAAAAUGCAUUUAUAAAUAAAUAGAAAAAUAAAAAAUGCAAUUCUGAAACCUUAAGCAGAAAUGUCAGGCUCUAUUGUAGAUAUUCUUUUUUCUUUAAGAAAUACUAUUUGA